AUGGCUUCUGAAAGCAGCAGCGUGACGAGCGCAUCGUCGCCCGUUGCCAUUGUCUGCGUUGGCAUGGCAGGCUCCGGCAAGACGACGUUUAUGCAGCGCAUCAACGCGCAUCUCCACGAAAAGGAAACCCCACCCUACGUCAUGAACCUUGACCCGGCUGUCAUCUCGGUGCCGUUCGAGUCCAACAUUGACAUUCGCGACUCGGUCAACUACGAGGAGGUGAUGAAGCAGUAUAACCUGGGCCCCAACGGCGGCAUCCUAACGUCGCUCAACCUCUUUGCGACCAAGGUCGACCAAAUUGUCAACCUGCUUGAGAAGCGCGCCAAGCCGGACCCCGAGAAUCCGCAAAAGAAGCCUAUCCACAACAUCCUCGUCGACACACCCGGCCAGAUUGAGGUGUUUGUAUGGUCCGCCUCGGGAACCAUCCUGCUCGAGUCGCUGGCCUCGUCAUUCCCGACCGUAGUGGCCUACAUCAUCGACACGCCGCGCACCUCGUCCACCUCGACGUUUAUGAGCAACAUGCUAUACGCGUGCUCGAUCCUCUACAAGACCAAGCUGCCCAUGAUUCUCGUCUUCAACAAGACCGACGUCAAGGAUGCUGCCUUUGCCAAGGAGUGGAUGACGGACUUUGAAGCCUUCCAAGAGGCCCUCCGUAGGGACGAGGAGUCGGACGCGCUGGGCGGCGUCGAGGGCGGCGGCCACGGCGGGAGCGGGUACAUGGGCAGUCUGCUCAACUCAAUGAGCCUGGUGCUCGAGGAGUUUUACGCGCACCUGAGCAUGGUGGGCGUGAGCGCGCGCACGGGCACGGGAAUCGACGAUUUCUUCGCCGCCGUCGAGGACAAGCGCCAGGAGUUCUUGAGGGACUACCAGCCGGAGUUAGAGCGUCGCCGGGCGGAGCGUGAGGAUCAAAAGAAGGCCUCGCGCGAGAAGGAACUCGACAAGAUGAUGCAGGACAUGGCGGUGACCAGCGGCGGCGGUGGCGUCGGCGAAGGCCAGGGUGGCGAGGACGAGGAGAUGGAGAGCAGCGGGGAUGAUGAGGACUCGGGCGACGAGGCGACCAAAAAGAGCCUCCAGGAGCGCUACGAGGCGGCCUUGGGCGACAACGAGGACUCGGUGCUGGCGGAUGCCAGUUUUGCCAAGUAUCUGCACACGCAGCGGUAG